AUGAAUUUUAGCCCAUUACAAAGUGAACGGAAUGAUGAUGAGUUUUGGAUGACCGCAAAUUCGAGAAGCAAACCCAUUCAGUCCUCAAACUCCUCUUUCUCGCCAUCACCACAACAACAACAACAACAACAACCAUAUCGGCCUACCACGAGCACCAUGUAUAACUAUAACUCAUCAUCAAGUAAUUAUUCUCCAUCAUCAUCAUCAUCUUUUCAUGGCACUGCUGCGAAUGGCUCUUAUUUUGAUGAUGUAAGACAAGCUUCAGUUUCUCCGAUGACCUUACGAACAGACUAUCAACAACUUCCCUCUUAUCUCUAUCCAUCUGAAUAUGCUUCCUAUCAUGAUUAUGGCCCAUCUUCCAUUUCAUUUGACAACACAAUCAUGACGGGAGGAGAUGUGAGUGAUUCUGGCUUGCCUCGAGGUCAAAGAGUCAUGUUUGCUCCAGGAACCACCACAGCAGCAGCUGGUGACAUGAAUCCACUUGAUCAUACGAUUAUGGUGACUCACGAUGGAAGACCCUCUGUCAGAACACGAUCAUUUCAUUCUGCAGCAAAGAGCUCCCCCUCUGGCAGCAAUGAAUUGUUUUUGUGGUUACAAUCCUUGGUGUCAAAAAUUUUGCGACCUCUCAUCCACUAUUUAUUUUCAUACAGAAUUCAGAAAAUUCACAAUUAUCACCAACACCAAUUUACUGAUGAGUCGACGAUCAUUGUAUCAUCACCCACUCAAGCAUCUCCCACCCAACAAAAUAGAGAGACUAAUUUAUUCGACAAGAUUACUUUCACUAUUGGCGCUGGAGUAUUUUUCACUAUUUUCACACUUGUUGUGGUACAGUUGUACAAUUCUAUUUUUGCAGUCAAUACGAAGCCAUUGUACAAACGAGGAAUAUUUUCUUUUAUCGUGGGAGAGGUUUGCAUAACCCUUCUCUUGGUAAUUAUGCGUUUUGUAUUUGCUUUGGAUAAUGCUGACUAUGAUCCAAGUGUUGUGAAACAGCGACAAAAAAUUCCAGUGCGUGGCAGUGACACUCCUCUCUUAUUUGACUAUUUUACUUUAGAUGAAAGAGAGAUCUUGUUUUUCAUGUCCACAAUAUGUAGCUUCAUCAUUUCUUAUUCCACUAAUGCACUCAUCUUCUCCAUUUUAUUUGAAUUGACAUUGGUCAUUAUUGGAUCUCAUUACGGAUUCUUGAAUAAGAGCUUACUAGGAGUCGGAGUGACACUUUUGAACUUUUUCGAAAUUUUAUUACGUUGGCUUAACUUGAGAGAAAAUUACAGUGUUGAAAUUCUCAUCUCCCUUGCAUGCAUGACAAUGAUGCUUCAAUCAUGGAGACUUAAAAAGCUUCGAACCUUUAAGGCUAAAAAUUAUCCAAGCUCAUUAGCAAGAUUUGUAGCCUUUUACUGCUCUGAAGAAAUGUUCUUUUUAGUGCCAAAGGCCCUACGAGUGUGUCACAUCCUGUACGACACGUCCAAGUUUAGUGUUGGAUUGUUCUGGGAGCUUGUUGUGUUGUCUGGAAUUGGAAUUAUAGGAUCCAUACUUGUAUUCAAGAUCUUGCAACAAACAAAUUUGUAUUUGGUGAGUGACAUUACUCAAUAUGAACGCUCUCGCACUGCUAACCUUGGAAAUGUGUAUGGCAUGCCACGUAGAAGUCGAUCAGGGGUAGCCUUGCAACGUUUAGCAUCUGCCAACUCACCUUAUGGUGUUUCCACUAGAAAACCCAUGAAUGGUCGACCUUAUGCCACCACCACUACAUCUCCUGCCUACAUUCCACACAAUCUUCUCAAUCAAUAA